UGUCUGUGACCUUCGAUGAUGUGGCCGUGAUUUUCACCCAGGAGGAAUGGGGGCAGCUAGACCUGGCCCAGAGGACCCUGUACCAGGAGGUGAUGCUAGAAAACUGUGGGCUCCUGGUGUCUCUGGGGUGUCCUGUUCCCAGACCUGAGCUGAUCUACCAGCUGGAGCACGGGCAAGAGCUGUGGACGGUGAAGAAAGACCUCUCCCAAAGCACCUGUGCAGGUGACGAAGGAAAACCCAAGACCACAGAACCUACCACUUGUGAGCCAGCCCAGUCUGAGGGAGUCUCUCUCCAGGAACAGCUAACACAAGGAGCCCCAGGGGACUCCCAGGUGUGCCGAACCAAGGAUCAGGAGGGGCCAUUGGAAAUGCAAGAAGGAGACUUGAGACCAGGGAUAGACCCCUGGAGGGAGAAGCUCCCUGGGAAAAUGAGCGCUGAACGUGAUGGUUUAGGGACAGCUGAUGGUGUAUGUUCAUGGAUUGUACAGGAGUCUGUCCCUCUGGGAGCUGCUGUUCUUGACCAUGACUCAUGUGGAUCAGGUGAAGAUCCCAUCAUUCGGGAAGAGGAAAAUAUCUUUAAAUGCAAUGAAUGUGGGAAAGUUUUUAACAAGAAACACCUCCUUGCUGGACAUGAGAAGAUUCACUCUGGAGUGAAGCCGUAUGAAUGCACCGAGUGUGGGAAAACAUUUAUUAAGAGCACACACCUCCUUCAGCACCACAUGAUCCACACUGGGGAGAGGCCCUAUGAGUGCAUGGAGUGUGGGAAGGCCUUCAACCGAAAGUCAUAUCUUACACAACACCAGCGGAUUCACAGUGGAGAGAAGCCUUAUAAGUGCAAUGAAUGUGGAAAGGCCUUCACCCAUCGCUCCAAUUUUGUCUUGCAUAAGAGGAGACACACUGGAGAAAAAUCUUUUGUGUGCAAAGAAUGUGGGCAAGUCUUUCGACAUAGGCCAGGAUUCCUUCGACAUCACAUCAUCCAUGGUGGCGAGAAUCCCUAUGAAUGCUUCGAGUGUGGCAAGGUCUUCAAACACAAGUCAUACCUCAUGUGGCACCAGCAGACUCACACUGGGGAGAAGCCCUAUGAGUGCAGUGAAUGUGGGAAAGCCUUCUGUGAGAGCGCAGCCCUCAUUCACCACUACGUCAUCCACACUGGAGAGAAGCCCUUUGAGUGCCUUGAGUGUGGGAAGGCCUUCAACCACAGGUCAUACCUCAAGAGGCACCAGCGAAUUCACACUGGGGAGAAGCCUUUUGUGUGCACUGAAUGUGGAAGGGCCUUUACCCACUGUUCCACUUUUAUCUUGCAUAAAAGGGCCCACACUGGAGAGAAACCUUUUGAGUGCAAAGAAUGUGGGAAAGCCUUUAGUACUAGGAAAGACCUCAUUCGGCACUUCAGCAUCCACACCGGAGAGAAGCCCUUUGAGUGCAUGGAGUGUGGAAAGGCGUUUAACCGUCGGUCAGGCCUCACGAGGCACCAGCGGAUUCAUAGUGGAGAGAAGCCUUAUGAAUGCAUGGAGUGCGGGAAAUCCUUUUGCUGGAGCACAAACCUGAUUCGACACGCCAUUAUCCACACUGGAGAGAAGCCCUAUAAGUGCAGUGAAUGUGGAAAGGCCUUCAGUCGCAGCUCAUCUCUCACUCAGCAUCAAAGGAUUCAUUCUGGGAGAAACCCUGUCAGGGUAACAGAAGUGGGAAGACCGUUCACAAGUGUACCAACCUCAGUCACCCUCCGAGAACUCCUUUUGGGGAAAGACUUUUUGAAUGUAAACACCGAGGAAAGUCUUUUGCCAGAGAAAACAUCUACCACAGCAUCUGAUCAUACAUACCAAAACCAAAGAGAAACCCCACAAGUAUCUUCACUGUGAGAAAAUCUUUUGUUGCAGAUCAUUACUUGUCAUGUAAAGACGUGUUUUAGAAAUUGA